AUGGCGAAUUCAGGCAUUCUGAAGGGCCGAUUCGGUAUUGUGACUGGUGGAUCGCGGGGAAUUGGCGAAGCAAUUGCACGCAAUCUAGCAGCCAAGGGCUGCGACCUUCUCCUGAAUUAUACCUCCGCCUCCAGCCAAGGACCGACCGAGAAGCUGUGCUCCGAGCUGGCCUCUGCGCAUGGGAUUCGCGUCGAGAGCGUACAAGCCGACCUGGGCAAGCCGGAAGAGGGCGUGCAAGUUAUCCUGGCCGCCGCGCAAAAGUUCAGCUCCUCCGGCAAGCUCCAGAUUGACAUCCUGAUCAACAAUGCCGGAGUGUCGGCCGAUCACAACCUGAACGACCCCGUCCGCGGCCCUAUUGGACCCGAGAACUUCCACUGGCAGUACGCAAUUAAUGUCCUCGCCCCUCUACUCCUCACUCAGGCCGUCGCGCCGUACCUGCCUACCGACCGCAGUGGGCGCAUUGUCAACGUCUCGAGUGUGUCGUCAUCGCUGGGCUUUGUGGGGCAGUCGAUCUACGGCGGAACCAAAGCUGCACUAGAGGCCAUGACACGGACCUGGGCGCGUGAGCUGGCAGAUCGUGCCACCGUCAACUCGAUCAACCCGGGCCCUGUGAUUGGGGAUAUGUACUUCAAAGCGGGCGAGGCCUUCUGGCGGGAUCUGCAGGGCUUCGUGGACAAUGCGCCCUUGAGCAAGUUGGACUUGAACAACAAGGAUGUGACAAGUCGAUUGACCGAGGAUCAGAUCCGUCUGAUCAACGAGAAGAUGGGCGGGCGGAGACCUGCUUUCACGAGCGAAAUUGCGGGUACGGUGGGCAUGCUCUGCACCCCUGACGGAGCUUGGACCACGGGCAGUGUUGUCAAUGCCAAUGGCGGUAUGAAGAUGGUUGAGUAG